GUGAGCUUCAAGACUUGAAUCAUUGGACCCAUGUUCUGAUCGAGUUUUGGAACUUUCUAUGUUUCUCACUUCAUGGCAAUCGUUCAGUGUGGGCGGCCAUAUUUCGAACUGCAACGGGAUGAUGCAGUCUACACAGCUCAGGCCUUUGCUGCGACACGUUUUGGAUCCACCAAGCUUAAAAGUCAUCAGGGUGUGGAUGCCGGCAAUGGAUAUCAUCCAUACACGACACCGUCGCUAUAUGCGUAUCUCCAAUUGCUAAUUUUCCUGAACGCACUGGCGUGCCUAACGGUCUGGUCAGAGAAACUAGAACAGGAACUCGAUAAUAUGAAAGAUGAAAAUUAUAUGCACCAACGAGAAAACGACUUUAAUGUAUCAUUUGGGAAAUAG